AAAGUUUGAAGUUACCAACUUCCCAUGUAAAGCAGACGUGUCCCGUCCCGAGCAGAAUCCGUUAGGGAGGAAGUGCAGUGAAGUGCACUACCGUGCGGCACACGUGCGGUGCCGUUGUGAAAAGGUGUCAGUGUGAAAGUGUGCGAUGGCAGCAUAGAACGUUGCAAAACCUUCCCGGAAAAUGGACAAUGUUGUGCAGCCGACGAAUGCUGAGGUUUCUAGUUUGUGCAACGUGCUGCCGAAUGGAGUUUGAAGCGCCAAUGUUCACUCGUGUGGAUUGUGCAAAUUGCAGCCGAAAGUUCACUUUAACAACUGAAAUAUAGUUAGCGCCCUUCCAGCGUACAAGAGGCUACAUGGAAAAGCAUUGGAAAAUGCCGUCGGUACCAUUGAAAAUCAUCGAAAGCUGUUCGAAUACCCGUUCGUGUGUACGCUCUUUACGCGGCUGGAUAAAGUUCUGCACCAGGAAAAUCCCCGUUCAGGAAUGCAAUAAAUUAUACUCGUAAAAGAUAUCAGCAAUCAUCGCAUGACUGAGAGGAGCUGCAAAGCAUGCAGCAGUCGUAAAGGAAACGCAUCCUCCCCGGCCAUGUAGUGUAGUGUACAGUGAAAUCGCUCAAAAAAAAACUGCAAAAAUGUAACCGUUCGUGUGUAACGAUUUGCCCGUUAGCAGUGUAAGCGAACCAGUGUACAGCAGAUGCAUUACCACAGUGUGAAGUGAAGUGUUGCGUUGUACCGAACUGUGCCACCAAUAGUGCAGCCAGCACGGCAGUAGCAGUACGUCGGAGAAGCGGAAGUGGCAUGAGGCACUAGUAGUAGCAUCAAUAGUAUUAGUAGUGUAAUACAUCGCUCAACUAUUCUUCUACCCAGUGAAGUGAAUUUCGAAGGUUGUGCACACUCUAAUGUUAAUGUUUUCACUAUCGUGUACCGUGUAUCUGUGGUUGUGCGUUAAUUCUGUCUUGUUUUCGGUUGAUGUUGAUGAAGCGUCGCGCCAGCUGUGUCCGCCGAUAGUGUUGCAGUAGUGUCGCUAGUGGUACGUGCUACGUGAGCUAAUGCAACUACCUGGCGCUACCGCUGUAACGCGUGUACGAAUGGAUGUUAUCGAUAAUAAGAUAUUUUCUAUCACCUGUUUAUACAACGCAUUAUACAUCUCUCGCUCACUCUCGCUCUACAUGCAUACGGACAAGCCGUAGCGUGUGUAAACCAAAAAAAAACCCUGUGUUGUGUAUAGAGUAAAACUGUGGUAGCGCUUGGCGUCUAUUUUGUCAAGGACAUUCACGUGUGUGUGUGUGUGUGUACAAAAAUUAAACCCAAAAGCCCUCCUGCCGAAAACCGGUGCACACCCAUUGGCACACGAUUGACGGACGGGCUGGAGUGUAGAUCGAAAUCGCGAAACCUCGUACGGUUGUGAGCCAGUAACGGUUGGCCGGCAGGCCAAAGCCAGCAGCAGUGCUCGGCGCCCGUGGGGCGAAUUCUCGGUCGCUGCAGUGGUCUUCCCGCGGUCAGACACUUCCCGAGCGGAGUAGGCUGUGCAAGCAAUUGGUGUACAGUGUAGCCAGCAAGCUGAACAAAACAGAUAACCAAUAACCGUCCUCUUUAAAGUGUAAGUGUAAGCAAGUAACCGUUGUCCCGUCUGCGCGGGACAGAGCAGCGAGUUUGUCUCGUUCUUUUUAACUCAUCAGCUCAUCCAUCUCUUUCACGGUGCAGGGCGGUACGUUACCGUAACGCUACCGCGCACUGUUACUGUUUGUAGUUCAACUUAUACGUGUAAUAUUAACCCACGAGCGAGUGAUUGGUACGAUAAUCAGCGAAGGAAGGGAGUCAGCAGCAGCACCAACACUGCAAUCCGCUUGAAACGUGUGUGCCAAAAAAAAAACCCCAACAAUAAUCCACCGAACUGCAACGAGCGAUACAACGUAGAGUGCUAAACGGCAACGAAUCGAAGAGGCCACGCUCAACGAAGGCAAUUGACAGGCGGCUGUCAUUUAGCGUGCGACUCGGUACGAAUAGUAGUUAGGUCGGUUUACCGCAAGAGGGCCACAUGCGUAGUAGUGUCGGUGGCCGGUUUACACGCUGUAACCGUUUAAUUUCCGGUGCGGCGGAACAAAAAAACACAAAUCCAUGCAACAGUUUGCAUGGGUAAAUGGGUUAAAGCCUAAUUUUCGUUUGCCAGCGCGGUAAGCCGUGGGUUGUGACUGUGUAAAACAAAAAGCAACGAGUGUUACUAGUGCUAUUGCAUCCAGUACGCAUCCUGGCAAGCGGUGAUAAUGAUGGUACGGCUCGUUGGGCGUGAUUGUGGAACUGUGGCACCACCGGAAGGACCGGCAACGCGAUGGUACUGAAGAAAAAUGGCUUCCUUAAGCACCGAACGGCGCUGGUCGUUGGCACCGGUGAUCGAAGCAACCGGUGAAUCAGUAAAGGAUUCUGUUGUUUAACGUGGUUGUGAGCAAGGUGCGUGCGUGUGUGUGAGUGUGGAAGGAAUGUCAAAAGUGCGUGCGUACGGGUGUGUACGAAGUUGGGAGUUUUACCGUGCCCGGUGCGCUGAUGGUGCCGUUGCUUUCCGGUAAUUGCACCGCACGAGCAAAAGCUUCCCACCCUCCUCACCGCCUACAACUGGCAGUGUAACAACCCGCGCGGGAUAACGAUUGCGAUAAAUGAGCUUUGCGAACGAUUGUGACUGCAUGGCGUGCGUGUGCGAUUGCGAUUCGUGGUGAGGCAGAAGGACGCCGAAGGUGAGCGGAAGCGACCGUGUGUUAGUGAGCGUGCCAGAAUAUGUGUUUGUGUGUAAGCAAAAGGUGUUGGGCUGAAAGAAUUUGCAACAACAAGUAUCCCCUUUAAGCAUCGCGUGGGGAAGCAAAGUCGGGGAAGGCGCAUGUGGAAAAGUUAUUUCACGCGCAAUUGGAAAAUCCACAGCAGCGGCCCAAACGGAACGCGGAUCAAUUGUGCCAACCGAUUGCCUGUGAGAGUGUGUGUGUCUGCGUGUGGGUGUGUGUUUAGCUGGCAACGGGCCUCUGUUUGUGUUUGUGUGUGCGUGCGCGCGUACGUGGAUGUGUUACGGAGUUCGUGGCUGUCCUGAAGGAGGAACCGUUCGGCGUGGGUGUUAAGCGGUGAAUCGCGUCUCGUCGUCCGCGUAGCAGCAAAACAGCGUUAUCCUGGUACACGUGAGAAGGACAAGCGAUGGCUGCUGUAAACUCGGUCCAGAACAGCAUUCGGUUGCCGUUGGCCGGCCUGGCGCCUCCGCGCGUCCUUAUGUGUAGUGCCUCGAUGGGUGCGGAAGGUUCCGUCACACUUCAGCUCCGGGAAGCGGUACAGGCGCCCGAUGCGGCCGGCUCGCUCGACGGAGCGCUCACGAUCGGCUACCCGGAUCCGGACAUGCUAGCCGACAUGCUGGGCACAUUCCAGGGCGCAUCGACCGGUGCGUCCGGCGAUCCGGACGCGGGCAGCUUCGAGCUGCUGCAGGACAGCAACGGCAGUCCGGCCGGCGCUACCUUGCGCACGUCGGCGGCCGAGCAGCUCGAGCAGCUGGCUGGCGCUAUCCUGACCAAGGCGAACAGUAGUAGUGGUAGCAGUGGCAGCAACGCGACAACUGGUGCGACAACGGUGACGAUAAAAACAGAACCGGGGGCGAAAUCAACCGCGGAAAAAACGAGCACAACCACCAACCUGCACCCGACUAGCCUCACGCCCACCAGUAGCAUCGGCAGCAACAACCUGUCUCCCUCGUCGACGGCCAUCUUACACCACGGCACCACGAUGGUGACCGUGAAAAGCUCGCCCGGAGGAAGCGGCGGUACCAUUGCGACCGCCGCCAGCCCAACCAGCCUCAUCCUUACGACGGUCGGUCGGGCCGAGACGGCGUCGGGCGGUUUCGGUGGAAGCAGCGGCAGCGCAUCGUCGUCACCGUCGGCGGCUGCCUCCCCCGUUUCGCUGAGCGGACUGGCGAAGAAACCGCGACCCAAGACGGUAUCACCGACCCGGCACGGACCGCAACAGUGUCAGGUCUGCAGCAAAGUGUUCGGCAAUGCGUCCGCCCUCGCCAAACACAAGCUAACGCACAGCGACGAGCGGAAGUACGUGUGUGGCAUGUGCUCGAAAGCGUUCAAGCGGCAGGAUCACCUCAAUGGCCAUAUGCUGACGCACCGUAACAAAAAACCGUACGAGUGCAAGGCGGACGGCUGCGGCAAAUCGUACUGUGAUGCGCGAUCGCUCCGGCGCCACACCGAGAACCACCACAGUGCGCUCGGGCUGGCGAACUCGUCCGGCACGGCCAGCCCCGGCCCGGGUGGCAGCAAUGCUGGACCGCCCGGGGGGCUGAGCCUGUCACCGGCGACGGCAAGUGGCGAUGCGAGCUCACCGCAUGGAGCAACACUGGUCCAGUACACGACCACGACCGGCAGCGGAACGCCCGGCAGCAGCAGCUCUAACUGCAGCCUUUCGAGCAGCAGUUCGAGCAGUAGCUCGAGUAGUAGCAGCAGCAGCAGCAGCAGCAGUAGCAGUGGAAACGUCAGCGACUCUAGCUCCAGCUGCAAAUCGCCCUCGCCAAGCUCGCCGGCACCCGGCACAGGCAAUGAGGGACUUACCCGCCAACAGCUCGAUCUAAUUUCCCAGAUCAUGCAGCAGACGAAGCAGGCGAAUGCGGCAGCUGCUGCAGCCGCCGCCGCCGCCGCCGCCGCUACCAGCACCACCACGAACGGUAGCAGCUCGGUACAGUCCACCAGCCAGAAGGUCCCGGUACGACCACGCACUUGGAAUAUGCAGCUGCAGCUCAGCCAGAGCAAGCUAUCCGCAUCGACCACGGUGGCAGCGACGACAGCACCGACGGUCGUCAGCGCCGUCCCCGUGCCUUCAAUGGCAGUCACAGCGACGACCACACUCUCCGCCUCGAACAGUGGCGCCACCAUCGUGCACCAGAACGGAGGAACCCUUAGCGGCAACAGCAGCAAGGCGACAAGCGCUGGCAGUGCUAGUGCCGAUCCUAAUGGACCGGUGACGGCCACCCUCACGGUGUCAUCGUCGUCUGCGGCCAGUACGUCCUCGCUCAGUGCGGUCAGUGCGGUUUCGGCGACCACGCUGACGGCUGGGACAGCAGGACCGGGUAGUGUCAGCUCUUCUGCUGCUGCUGCUGCUGCUACCCAACAACCUGCCACCGCUACCACCGCUACCACAACUACCACCACCACCACUACGACCGCUACCAAGCUGGAGCAGAAGCCGGUCGAGUGUAAUCUGUGCCACCGGAAGUUCAAAAAUAUUCCCGCCCUGAACGGGCACAUGCGACUGCACGGCGGCUACUUCAAGAAGGACUCGGAGGCGAAGAAAUGUGAUAAGAAGGAAAACACGGGCCCCCCGCUCCAGACGGCGAGCGUGGGCGUGCGGGCACUGAUCGAGGAGAAGAUUAUCAACAAGCGCAGCAAGGAUUUGAAGAAUCUCUUGUUGAAGGGUUCGUUCGUCGUGCCGGCACCGCCGCUCACCGCCCGCCGGCUGAUCGACGCCAACGAAGCAUUCCUCUCGUCCAAACCGAGCACGGUCGCGAUCGUCUCCACGUCGAACGGCACCACGCAGAUCAUCAACACCGCCACCCUGCACUCCAAGGCGACCGUGCUGAGCGUCAGCAGUGCGCCGCCGCCCUCCAACAACACCACCACCUCCACCACCCUCGCGCCCUCGAUAACGAUCAACGGGCUGGGGGCGGCGGGCGCGGCAACGGAGCUGAAGGAUGCGACGCUCAUCGAACUGCUCAAGCGCGGCACCAAGGUGGCCGUCAAGCGGGCGAUGGCGAGCGGGGACACCUCCACCGUGCUCUCACUACAGCCACAAGCCACGCCCAACCCAACGGUGACGGUGGAUUCGACCGCGAGCAGCACCAACCCCGCCCAGCUGCUCACGUCCGCCAACACGCGCACGCUUACGGUUGUCCCGACCGGCCCAGCGCUUUCCACCAGCACCACCACCAACGCCGGCAAACCAUCCGGUCAAACGAUCGCCGGCCCAACCCUGCUGGCCAAUGCCACCGCCAGCACCGAGCCGACGCCACUGUCGCUUACCAUAUCGCAAGCGCCGGCCACCACCCCGGGCGACGUGUUCACCCUCGCCUACUCGACCGACUUCGGCGACGGCGAUGUGUACAGCGUGAGCGACACGGCCAUGCUGCUGCAGGCUGUCGAUCCGAUCCAGCUGCUGCACGACUCCAGCUCGACCGAGCCGCUCGACGAGAUCGCCCUGUCCGACUACGGCUCGAUCAGCGACCAGGGCUUCACCCCGUCCCGCCAAAUCCAGGCCGUGCUCGACUCGCCCCUGCCCGAGGGAUUGGCCGAGUUUAGCGCCCUGCACGGCAAGGACUUUAGCGUCCUGUACGGUGGCACCGGUGCGCCCGCGACCGAGCCGAACGGCAGCAGCAGCACCACCAACACCAGCGCCCUGCUACAAUCAUCCCCCUCGGGGGCGCAUCUUUCCCCGCUACCCUCACCGCUAGCCUACCCAACGCCACCGGCAUCGCACGAAGCGGUCGCACAAGCGUCCCCCUUCCUGGACGACUCGCGCCACUUCACCGAUGCGGGCUCCUUCUUCGACGACAAGCGCAGUGCGCAAAGCUUUCUGGACGAUGGCUUCUUCAAAACCGAACCGAAGGACGGCGACUGCAAGGCGUCCGAGAGCGCGAAGAUACUGGCGCUCAAGCACGAGCUGCUGGACGAAAACCACGACCUGUUCCGGGCGAACAAACACCAUCUGCUGGACGAGCACUGCUCGGAGCUGUUCAAGACGGAGGACGGGUUCUUCGCCGAGUCGAAACCGUCGGCGGACGGGACGUCCAAGAUGAACCUGGACUUUCUGGACGACGCGCAGGUGUUCAUCGAGGAGACGCGCAACGCGUCCUCCCCGCUGUCGAAUGCCUUCUUCUCCGCCACCAUGUCGUCGGCGGCGGAGGUAAAGGAAGCGCUCGACGAGGUCCUGCCGAACGAUGACGAUGACGACAUAGGCGUGUCCGAGGGCGACAUCGACCUGUACUACCUGAACGGCCUUUCCUCGCUGCAGUCGCAGAUGAUGCCCAACUCGGACGAUCCGCUGCUGUCCUCCUCGCCGAAGGACUUUGCCCACCGGCAGCACCAGAAGUUUCUGUUCGAGCAGAGCCAGGCGGCCCAGCAGCAGCAGCUCGCCCAGCAUCAGCAGCAGCUGCAGCAGCAGCAGCAACAGCAACAGCAGCAACAGCAGCAACUUCAGCAGCAGCAGCAACAAGCGGGUGUUGCCACCACCGUCACCAACCACCACUGUAUGCCUCCCAGUGCCAAAAAGUCCAAACCUUCCGACGUGGAAGCGAGCGGCACGUUCGGGGCGGACGCCAGCAAAGCACCACUCACGGUCCAAACCGACCCGAUGCCAAAGGAUGCCGACAGCGUGUUUCUCAGCCCGAGCAGCCUGUCCUCGCACAGCUGCUCCUCCUCUUCGUCCUCCUCCUCCUCGCUGUCGCUCGCAUCCGUAGCUUCGCCCCGGCUGCAGCAUGCACUGCUGGGCAGUGCCCACCCGGCCGCCGGUGGUGUCGGGUGGCCCCGCAAACGCUCCCAAACGUCCGCGUCCUCAUCGUCGCCCUCAGCCAACAGCGCCGCUGGGAGCACCGCGCCCCAUCCCGCCGGUCAGCGCAAGCCGACAGUCUACCUGUCCAAGCUGCGACGAUCCACGGCGGCACUGCUGCCCGCCCUGCACUACACGCCCGCCCCGAUGCUCAACCCGGAACGGUCCGGCACGGCCGGGCUGUACGCGAGCGUCGCGUACGGGCGGCCGGGCACGGCCGGCGGCUCGAUCGUCGAGCCCGAUCUCGACUCCACGAUGGACAGCACGAGCGAUAUCUUUUCCGAGCCGCCGCUGCCGAUCCGGCCGCGCAUCAACCUCGGCCCCGACUAUCAGGCGACCUUGCCGGACUGUACGCGCCCGGCCUACGCGGCGCCGUUCCAGCCCGGCGUCCCGCCGGUGCAGCGGCUCUGGGAUCCGGCGCUCGCGCCAAACGACCGUCAGCUGCAGCGGUUCAUCGAGCUGGCCCGUUCGUCCGCCGCACCGCUGGGUUGCCACUCGGAGGAGAAUGCACUGCGCGCCCUGCUCGAGGCGAACGGUGAGAUACACCAGGCGAUACUGGGCAUGCUGCAGGGCCCGCCCGCCACCAUCCAUCGCCGGUGGACGGCGGACGAGAUCGAGCAGCUGAUACAGGGGCUGGAAGAGUACGGCAAGGACUUCCACCGCAUCGCUCGCGAUCUGCUGCCCGGCAAGUCGACGGGCGAUUGCGUGCAGAUGUACUACUUCUGGAAGAAGCUCGGCAUCGACUACGGCAAGGGUACGACUGCCGGGCCGAAGUACGGUGGACUGCAUGGGGCGCUUUCGCCUACACCGUCACCACCGGCACCGACGCCGCCGGUAGAGGAUCUGCUGCUCGAUCAUCUCGACUAUACGGCCUCGGCAGGCGCUGGAGCGACGAUGCCCCGGGGGCAACAGGCUGGUGCGUCGAACAGUGGCCAUUUGCAGCCGAACGGGCACGGUAGUAGCACGGCCAGCGACGUCCGACCGCAUGUGUGCGAGGUUCCUGACUGUUCAGCGAGCUUCUCGUCCAAAGCGGCCCUUCACGGGCACAUUCGCAUACACUGCAUCGGGCGUAACCACAGCACAGUUCAAAAUGGGUAUUCAAUAAGGUAAAAAGCCGAAGCGCUCACAUGAAGUCACACCGGCCGCAGGAUGCAAGCGAUCAGCUGCAGCACCAGCUACAACUGCACCAGCAACAGUUGCAACAGCAGCAGCAGCAGCAGCAGCAGCAGCAACAACAGCAGCAGCAACGGCAGCAGGAUAGCGAAAAGCCAGAAGUGCCCGAGGAAGGCACGCAACUGCAGCUAACAGUGACCAAGUGAGCCUAAGAAUCGCGGAAGAAAGCGUUACGCAAAACAGCAUCUAGACAAUCUUCACAGAAUACAUCAAGGCGUACGCUACUGACGGGGUCGCCCCGAAAGCCAAGCCAACCAACCUGAAACACGUCUCACCGUUUUAUUCACCACCUUGACCGAGGGGAGCGCAGGAGUGAAGCAUCAAGUAGAGAAAUAAGUAGUAGAAGAUAGUAAGAAGAAGAAGAAGAAGAAGAAGAAGAAGAAGAAGAAGAAACUUUACACUUAACUAACGAAAGGUUGUUAAAGCUACAAAUUACCGUGAAGAAAGCAAAAAAACUUAACCCCACAGAAGAGAUAAAACAAACAGAUUGUAAGAGAAGCUAACCGAGAUGAGUGAAUGGCAGAAACGCAAGCACGGGGAGGACACUAAUGGUUCCCCUUUCCCUGUUUGCUACGGUGUACUAUUGUGUAAGUACUGUGAAAAUACCAGGUCAAAUUAUGUCAAAACUUCCAGCGAUAACCCUACUAUAACCCUACAGCUAAGUGCACGACGAGUGAAUCCAACAAGUGAAGAACUUUAAAAUCUCUCAGCAGCGGUGCGGUGCGACACCACCGAGUGUUCGUGCGUGGGGGGAACUCCCCAACCUUCGAACCUGCUAGCAUAAACCACCUAAGGAUCUAUAUACUUAAGGACCGGGUUACUCUACCGCCCCGGAUCGGCUAGCAGGCGUGUGUGCGCGUGUAUGGGGGGUGGGGGUGUUUGUACACAAAACAGUUUUUUGUGUUGUUAAAUCUUUCUACUCUAGUCGUAAUAUUUGGAACUGCUCAACUUGCACACACACACACAUACACCGACACACGCAUCCUCUUCGUGUGCUUCGUGCGGUGCAUAAUAUAAAUGUAAUAUUAGAGUGUAACAAAAAAAGAACGUAAAAGGUUGUCGCCAACAAAGAGCAAAAACAGCACACACAUUAUAAUGAAAAUAGGCAAAGCUGUUCGAGCUGGCUUGAUAUCGAUGUUUGUUUUUGUUGGUUCCUUGUAGAUAAAAAAUACCCCGACCCUCCCAGAGGAUCAUCUUGCAUCUCGUUCGCUCAUCGAUUGUACAUACAGAGAAAGACUUGGUGGUGUUCUGUAUUUUAACCCACACACACACACACACAUUCAUUGUUAUAUCAUACACCCAUACACAUAUAGACACUAGCACACGUUUGUGUGUGUGUGCUUGUGUGCUUUAGGCUUAAGCUCCGUUGCGACGUAGUCCGCAUCAGCCAAGCGUAUAGGAAAAGACAUCGGCAGCAGCGCGCACCUUGAUCGCGUUUUGCUGUUUGUUUAGUGCAAGUGAACACCGCGCGUGCGCGCGUGUGUGUGUGGGUUUGUGCGGAUAGAAGUAAGUGAAAGAAAAGUGAACGAUUUUACGUUACCAAAAAAAAAAAAAGACGAAUAAUUGUUCAUCCCUCACAGAGGAAUGAACGGCCAGAAGAGCCGAGCGCACACUCGUCCCGUUUCCAGUAUUAAA